GCUGACGGCAAUGGGCGGGGCCACGGGGACUGCGGCGAUAAACAAACUCACGCAGUGAAUCGUCACAGACUCUGCAGCAGUUUAUCACGCGACUGAACCGAAUCAGGGCUUUAACCCGGGUCACGGUCUGGACCUCAUCUGGACACGAAACGGUCUCACCCGGUUUAUGUGACGCGUUCACGUCCCCGCGGAUUAAAGACACAAACAUGACGGAGCUGAGGAGGCGAGGAGGCGGAGGAGGAGACAGUCCCGAGAACAUGAGCGACAAGGAGGCUGAUGCUGAGGACAGACUCGGUCUUCAGCCUGAUACUGAUCCAGAUCCAGAUCCAGAUGUUGAUAUCGACUGUAAAGCAGACACUCCAGAUGUUCCUCUGUCCACAGCUGACACUGACAACACUCCACAGUGUCUGAACAAGGCUCUGGAAGGACUGCCACCAAGGUGGAAGAAUUACUGGAUCCGUGGGGUUUUGUCUGUAGCUAUGAUUUCAGGAUUCUUCCUCAUCAUCUACCUGGGACCUGUCACUCUGCUGUUAGUGGUCAUGACUGUACAGAUCAAGUGUUUCCACGAGAUCAUCACCAUCGGAUACAGAGUUUAUCAUUCCUACGAGCUGCCGUGGUUCAGGACUCUGAGCUGGUACUUCCUGGUGUGCGUUAAUUACUUCUUCUACGGUGAAACGUUGGCAGAUUACUUUGGAGCUCUGGUUCAGAGGGAGGAGCCUCUGCAGUUCCUGGCUCGUUAUCACCGCUUCAUCUCAUUUGCUCUUUACCUCGCAGGUUUCUGCAUGUUUGUGCUGAGUUUAGUCAAGAAACAUUAUCGCCUGCAGUUUUAUAUGUUUGCUUGGACUCAUGUGACGCUGUUGAUUGUCGUGACUCAGUCGCACCUUGUCAUUCAGAACCUGUUUGAAGGAAUGAUCUGGUUCAUCGUCCCGAUCUCCAUCGUCAUCUGUAAUGACAUCAUGGCGUAUCUGUUUGGAUUCUUCUUUGGGAGGACGCCGCUCAUCAAGCUGUCUCCUAAGAAGACGUGGGAAGGAUUCAUCGGUGGCUUCUUCUCCACCGUUGUGUUCGGCUUCAUUCUGGCCUACCUGCUCUCUCACUUCCAGUACUUUGUUUGUCCGGUUGGUUUCAACAGUGAAACAAACAGAUUCACAGUCGAGUGUCAACCAUCAGAAAUCUUUGAGCUUCAGACUUACACGCUUCCUGCUGUCGUCCAGAACACACUGACCUGGAAAACAGUGCAGAUGUUUCCGUUCCAGAUCCACAGCGUCUUCCUGUCGUCCUUCGCGUCUCUCAUUGGUCCGUUCGGCGGCUUCUUUGCCAGCGGCUUCAAACGAGCUUUUAAAAUCAAAGACUUUGCGAGCACCAUCCCGGGUCACGGUGGUAUCAUGGACCGGUUUGACUGUCAGUACCUGAUGGCAACAUUUGUCCAUGUUUACAUCACCAGCUUCAUCAGAGGUCCAAACCCCAGUAAAGUCCUGCAGCAGCUGUUGAUGCUUCAGCCUGAACAACAGCUCAGUAUCUUCCACACUCUGCACAACCAACUGAGAGAGAGAGGACUGCUGCCCCCUGCUGACUGAACCAGGAACUGACUGUGUGAGUGUGUGUGUGAGAGGACUAAACCUGACAUAUAAAAAAACCCACAUGGACUGAGACAUAAACUGUCUUCAUCCUCUUCAUCCUCUUCAUCCUCUUCAUCACAUUCAUCCUCUCUGACUGUAAACAAUGUUCAGUUUGUAGAAUCUGACACUAAAGAUGAAACGUCUUCUGACACAAACUGACCUUAAAGCACACUCUGUCUGUCUGUCUCUCUGUCUCUGUCUGUCUCUGUCUGUCUCUGUCUCUUUGAUGAUGGACGAGCAGUUACCUUGAGAACAAUGUUGCACUGACUCUUUAUAUCGUAAGCUUUUACCAGCAUCGACUGUAGGACACUUCACACUAUAGGACAUUUAGGACACUUCAGUGUCACACACUAUAGGACAUUUAGGACACUUCAGUGUCACACACUAUAGGACAUUGAGGACACUGGUGUUGGACACAGAGGACACUUGUGUUGGACACAGAGGACACUUGUGUUGGACACUGGUGUUUAUUUUUUGUGUCUUUGAUGAAGUUAAGCUAUUUCACAGCUUUGUAGUUGAGACGUCAGAGCGUCGUCAUGGAAACACUCUGCUUGCGUACUGUACAUAGAGAAAUAUAAAUAUAGAUAUUCAUAUAAAUAUAGAUCUAGAUUUAAAAGACUCUGAUGAGAAGAAACAUCAGCAUGAACAAGCUGCUGCUUAUUGUCUGAAGAUUUAAAGGAACAGUUCAACAUUUAUGACCAGAUGAGGUCAUGAUGAGAUCACAUGUUCUCGUCUUCCUGCUUCAAAUCAUAUUUUUGUUUAUUAGGCCAACAUCCCAUAAUAAGACCUAUUUCCAUGUGCAUGUGUGAGCGUUUGUUUUACUUUGGGCUGAAAGCGUCUCCUCUCACACUUUGAGGUCAUAGAGGUCAUAGAACCUAGACCAGGACCUGGACCAGGACUGGACAUUUUAAAAGUUUUAAAUCACUUUUUCAUGUUUUAUUUAAUGUUUUCAGAUCAAAGGAAAACAAAUGUUGAACUGUUCCUUUAAGAGGCCGUGCUUCCAGUGAGCUGCAGGGGGCGGGGCUUAACUCACUGUUUAUUCACUAUGAAUGUAGUUUACAAUGUGACGUCAACGUGUUCACGACAACAACAACACAUGAACUGUAUGAUUUCUGUGUGUGUAUGAUGUGAACACACACACACACACGUGCGCGCAGUCAUAUACAGCUGUACUGUAUUCACACACACACACACACACACACACACACACAGGUUUGUUAGCAAUAUCUUCUUCUGAUGCAGGUAAAAGAAAUCAUGUUAAUGACUUAACUGACGAGCCGGGGUCACGAGGUUCUCUGAAUGUUUACCAAAGUUCCUGAAUGAUUCCGUCUGUGAAAAAUGUCUCCGCCUACUUCCUGUGACAUCAUCCCCUCUACACACACACACACACACACACUCCGUGAACAGGAUGAACCUGGUCAUUGUCAUGACGACACAGACUGUCACAGGAAUCAAUAAUCUCAUUUAAAACGUUUACAUCGUCAUGGUUUUAAUCUUUUUUUUUCUGUAAAUGAUUUCAAUUCAAAUGUUUGAUGAAAAUUUCAAAGUAAAAACAGUUCAUGUUUAAAUUUCCAGAUUAAAGAUGAACAACGACAGAAGCUGAGCUUCAUUAAGUCGUUACUUUAUUAAUAAUGAUAAUAGUAAUUUAUCUUUUAUUUUGAAAAACCUGCUGCUUUGUGUAUAUUUUGUUUUGGUUUGAGGAGUAAAUGUGUUUUAAUGUUUUUUUGGAUCAUAUUUAAAACCAUAGACAGGAAGCAAUGUCAUGUGUUUGGGGAAACAGAAGUUGUUUACGUUAAGAGGUGAAUAAAACGUUUUUCUUUA